AUGGCUGCGGAGUUGGAGGAAAGAGUGCGGGCGGCUUUCCGCGACAAACUGCUGCUCGUGAAAAUCCCUGAACGAGAAGAUGACUUUUUGCCCCCUGGUUGCUGCCUGCUGGAGAAACGGAGAGAAUUGACGGAGGUGCAACAAGCGCUCUUAGCCCAGAAAGAGGAGUUUCAGAUGAAGAUGGAGAGUCUGCAGCAUCGUCGGGAGGAGCUGGAGAGCAAGGAAAAACAGCUCAAAGAGGCGGUCUUGAAGUUUGACAAGUUCCUGAAGGACAACGAUGCCAAACGCAGCCGGGCCCUGUGGAAAGCUGAGGAAGAGCAGCGGCAAGCAGCGCAGAGAGGAGCAGAAGCGGAGCACCUUCAGCGGGAAAUAACCCGGCUGCUCUCUGUGAAGGAGAAGCUGCAGCGGCGGCUUGAGGCCCACAAUGCUUUCCCCGAAUACCUGCAAAAAGUUGUAGCAAAAGCAGAGCAGUUUCAGGAAAUCCCGGAGCUGAUCGGCCGUUUCCAGACCCUAAUUGCUACCCAGGCCAAGUUGGUGCAGAAGGAACUUGUCAACCGUGAAGCCAUGGAAGAGGAACACGCCCGCCUGCAGAAAUACGUGGAGGAGAGCAGCAACCAGAUCUUGCGGCAAAACAACCAGAUUGCACAGCUGCAGGCCCAGCUGGAACAGGCCCAGAUCAGGGUUCACGAAGGGGAGUCCAUCUGGAACAGAAUCCAGAACACAGCGGCCGAGAAGACCUUGGAGGUGGGGCGGAUCAAGCUGGCGGCUUUGAACCUCUUCCAGAUGGUGGCCAAGCACAGGAAACUGCCGGCUGAUGUGGCCCGAGAGGACACGGACGCCCAGCUGGAUGCGGUCAAGCUCUGCAUGGUAGACUUAAUUGACAUCCUGGCUGACUUCCGCAAAGGGGACCCACCAUCCAUUCCCCAGCCUGAGCCAACAGCAACUCCUCAGUCUGAGCGCACCAAGACAUAUCCAUCAUCUAGGACAGACACAUCACUCUCUACACAAAAGAAUAAAUGGACACCAACCUGACAUCAAAAAUGGCAACGUUUAGAAACCACCGGGAGAACCGUUUUGAUCUCC